AUGUCGUUUGCACCAUGUUUAUGUAGUACACCAAAAUUUGUUCAUAUUAUUAAUCAACCAUCACAUUUUAUCAUAGCAGCUCCAAUUAUAUUUAAAAAUGAAAAUCAACGACAACAAACAAAAUCAAAAACUUCUUCAUAUUGUCGUCCAUUAAAAAAAUGUCAUCGUUAUCAUUCGAAACAAUCCAAUGCAAGUACUGCUAUCAAUCGACAACAACAUUUUGAUAAUGAUAUUACAAUUCAUAAUAAUCAACAACAUAUUUUUUUCUGUUUACCCUUUAGUCUUUUUCAUAUAUCUAAACGAAGACAACAUCGUCCAUGUCAUGUAUAA